AUGACUUCAGUUUGCAUAUCAAACUGCGUCAACGACGCACGUGACCCGCGCGUGCCGAUGCGAGCCACCUACGUGAACCUCUACAAGUGGCCCGAGUCAGACGCCGAGUUCGUGAGGUCGGUGAGCUCCAACGGGCGGCGAUCAGGUGCGGCGCAGCAACAUGGGCACCCAAGAGUUGUGGACAGCAUAUCCUGCAGGCAAAUGUACCUGAGGAGCUACACGUUCUCAAGGAAAGAGACGGUGCCUGAGAAAACCCAGAAAUGCUUUGGCCGAGUCAAAGAGAAAAUGGUGAACAAUAAGAAGGGGAAGGCCAAAGGAGGCCGCAAGAGGAGUAACAAGUGUUUGGUUCUCAGGAAAGUGAAGGAACUGUCAUCUGCUGCUCUGUUUAGAAUUUUCCAGAGGUUCUUGUCUUGCUCUGCUAGUGUAGAUGUUGUGAAUUGA